AAUUCUUAGUCUUUAUAAAUACCUGAUUUCUGAAACGAUAUAAGAAUCUCACCGUGAAUAGUUUAGUGCGGUUCUAACACCACGCGGAGGCACUUUUAAUUGCUUAUCAAGAGCGAAAUAUACUUAAAUAAUGACAUCUUACACAGACAAGGGUAGAAAACCGGAAAAUGGGAAAUUCAUUGCAUUUCACCAUAUCACCUAUUGGGUGUCCAACGCCAAACAGGCAGCAAGUUACUACGUUACCCGCUUUGGCUUUGAACCCUUAGGGUACCAAGGUCUUGAAACUGGUUCGCGAAAAAUCACUUCACACGCAGUGAAACUAAACAAGAUCGUAUUUGUAUUCCAAGCGCAAUAUGAACCCGAAGAAACAGAGUUCGUAAAUGAAGUUGCCUAUCAUGGAGACUUUGUUAAAGACGUCGCUUUCGAGGUGGAAAACCUUGAUUAUAUUGUGGAAUACGCGCGCCGGCAAGGUGCUGUUAUCGUGAGAGAUUUGUGGGAAGAAACAGACGAGUAUGGAGUCGUCAGAAUGGCUACAUUGAAAACGUACGGUGACAAUACUCAUACCUUAAUUGAUAGAUCGAAGUAUAAGGGACCCUUCCUGCCAGGCUACCAAGCACUUAACAAAGACCCAAUACAAAAAUUCUUGCCAAAAAUAGAGAUUAAUUUUAUCGACCACGUCGUGGGCAAUCAACCAGAUAACGGUAUGGAGCCAGCUGCAUCUUGGUACGAGAGGUGCCUACAAUUCCAUAGAUUCUGGUCAGUAGACGAUAAGCAGAUCUGCACAGAAUACUCCGCUCUUCGUUCUAUCGUCAUGGCGAAUUGGGAGGAGACCGUCAAGAUGCCGAUCAACGAGCCGGCGGUUGGUAAAAAGAAGAGUCAAAUCCAAGAAUAUGUCGAGUAUCACGGGGGCGCUGGUGUUCAACACAUCGCUAUCAAUACUGAGGAUAUUAUAACAGUGAUUGAUAAUCUCCGUGCUAGAGGCGUCGAAUUCCUGUCAAUUCCCGCUGUAUACUACAAGAUUAUAAGAGAACGUCUACAAAACAGUAAAGUUAAAGUAGCAGAGAGUAUUGAUGAGCUGGAACGCUUAAACAUUCUCAUCGAUUACGACGAUAAUGGAUAUCUGCUACAAAUCUUCACGAAGAAUACCCAAGACAGACCCACAUUGUUUUUGGAAGUCAUCCAGAGAAGAAAUCACAAUGGAUUCGGUGCUAGCAACUUCAAAACUCUCUUCGAAUCCAUAGAAUAUGAACAAGAACGACGUGGCAACCUAUAAUGAAAAUAUGUAAUUGUAUCUAAUAAAAAGCGUUAUUUAGUUUGUAUAUUUUUAAAGAAUUAAAUUACUCUUGCGUACGCUAAAAUUACAGUGAUUAAAUAAGAUUGUUUAAACGUAUCAUAUAUCAAACGUUUUUCUGAACUCUUGGUGGAUGGUAAAAUGAUCCUUAUAAUCGAAUUUAAUACUUUUAGCUAAAAGAUUAUUCAAACAUUAUUAUGUAUUAUUAGUUUUAUAACAAUGAGAUUAUGUUUUAAACUCGAAUUAAUUUUAAUUUAAUAUACGUAACGAAAAACAAAAUUUUGCACCAUACUUGAAAACAU